AUGGGCAACGAGAUUUCGAAUGGAAGUCCAGGAGACCUGGAAUAAAUGAAAAGAUUCAUGAACAUGUCGCCAGGUUAAGUUAAAUUGAUAAAAGAGAAAUUCGAAUUGAUGGCAGACGAGGAUCUCACUAUUGAUAGAAAUGGGUUUAUAUAGUUGAUGAAGUUGAAGGAGACUGAAGUCGAUAAAGUGUUUUAAUUUUUUGACAUCAGCAACGAUGGCCGAAUCGACAGUCAUGAAUUUGUAUGUGCUUUGAGUCUUUUGAGUUAAGCCACCCUGAAGGAAAAAGCAAACAUAAUAUUUUCCUUAUAUGACUUUGAUCACAACAAGACAAUCACUCGAAAUGAAUUGGUCAUUCUGAUCAAGACUACUUUGACAGCCUUGGGAGCCAUGUCACAGAAGGGAGAAUGCACCAUCCAAGAGGCAGAGAGAAUCUCAGAUGAUGCCUCAAUAUCCUUGGCUGAAUUUCAUAGUCUUUUAUCAAAAGAUUAAGAUGUGCUCAAGAUGCUCCUAUCCUACGGCUUAUGCUCGCUUGAAGACUUGAGAUCUGAUUUUGGAGGAGCCUAACAGGGUGAUGUUCCAUAUCCAGACUCAGAUUUGGAGAGUGAAACACAGCGAAGACAAUUGGCUUACGAUUAGAAAAGAGAAAUGAGGAAAAUUGGUAUUGAGGCCAAUCUUGAAGAAGACAACAAUCGUGUGCAAUCAGAGAAUAAUUAAAAAUUGAACAAGUUGACAAACAAAGAGGUUUGGAAGAACUAAGUGAAGAAUGGUUAACCCUCCUCUUGGAAACCAGGCAAAGGCGAUAUCAAUCCACCAAGUACUUUUAUGGAAUUGGAUUACAUAUAUGGAUUCAGAAGUUUUGAUACCAGAAACAAUAUUAAAUUUGUUGAUUAAGAAUUGGUCUAUUUUACUGCUGCAGUUGGAGUGGUUUAUAAUCCAUAGACAAAUUAAUAAAGGUUCUUCUUUGAACACACAGAUGAUAUUACAUGCAUAGAUGUUUACGAUAAGUAUGUUGCAACUGGUUAGGCAGGAUAGAUUCCUCCAAUUUAUAUUUGGGAAGUUAAAGAUUAAAUAGAACCAUCUAGAGCUGCUUUUAAAGGAAUUUUAAGAUAGGGAGUGCAAUGCUUAGCAUUCUCAAAUGAUGGCAAGAAAUUGGCUGCUGUGAGUAUGGAUGACGAUCACACUUUGGUUGUUUAUGAUGUAGAUAAGGGAGCUUUGUUGGCUACAGGCAAAGGUCCUCGGUCAUUUGUGUUUGACAUCAAAUUUGACAAAGUUGAUAAGUAUUUGAUUUUGGCAUGCAAGAAUGAGGUGUACUUUUGCAGUUAUGAUUAAAAUCAAGUAAGAUUGAAUCUAGGAAUAUGGGAUACAAAAACAUCACCAUUCUCAUCAGUUUUAUGCAUCGCAUUAUGUGAUAACAAUGUGAUAACAGGUACUUACAGAGGAUAACUAUUAAUCUGGAAGAGCAAUAGAGCUACUACAGCAGUGGAUGCUCAUAAGAGUGCAGUUCUAGCUAUUCAUACGAAGAGAAGUUAGGAAGGUGGGGUUGUAUCAGGCAGUAAAGAUGGAACCAUCAUUGUUUGGGAUAUCAACAUGAAAGCUAAGGAAAAGAUAAAUGUCCUCAACUUGAAUUUAAAAAUAUUCAAUUUCAAAGUUUAAAGUGUUACAAUAGGACCAAAUGAUUAGGAGAAGUCUGUUCAUUUGGUAUUUGGAACAAGAGGAUCAGAUAUGGUAGAGGUUUAAGGUUCAAAAACUAAGAUGUUAAUGAGAGGACAUUCUAUUGGAGUCUUAAGAGGUUUGGCUAUGCAUCCAAAAUUUCCUACUUUUUACACCAUUGGAGAAGACAACAUUUUGGCUUGUUGGUUGAUCAAGGAUAAGAAGAUGUCCAGUUGCACGAGACUAGAAUAUCCUAGCAGUGCUAUUCAUAUUAGCAAAGAUUACAAAUAUCUGGCUGUUGGUAGUACUAAUGGAACUGUACUUAUUAUUGAUCCUAAAACAUUGAUGCCUACUUUUAAUUUUAAAGAUAGAGAUGCUGAAGUCUCAUGUCUCAAGUUCUCUCCUGAUACUGAGUAAUUAGCAGUUGGUCACGAUGCACCAAGUUGUGAUGUCAUUAUAUAUUCAAUUAAGAACCAUUUCAAAAAGACUAAUGUUUUAAGAGGAUCUCCUUCAAGAGUUAUUAGUAUUGAUUUCUCAUCUACAUGCAGAGUAUUGUAAAUUAAUGAUUGGAGUCAAUAAGUACUCUAUUAUGAAUUGGGUGGAGAAAAUAAUCAAAAAGUAUAGCCAGAUGGAGCUUAGAAAUAUAAAGAUGAAAAGUGGGCAACUUAUACAGCUAUUUAUGGAUGGCACGUGUUGGGAGUAUGGCCUCCUUUGUCUGCUGGAAGUGAUAUCAAUGCGGUUGAUAGAUCUAAUAAAGGAGAUAUUAUAGUUUCAGCAGAUGACUAUUCUGGAAUCAAGAUAUUCAGAUAUCCUGCUGCAUAAACAGGUUAAGGGUUUUAGAGAUAUGUGGGACAUGCAGCUCAUGUGACCAAUAUCAGAUUCUCAGCUGAUGACGAAUACAUCAUAUCAUUGGGUGGAGCAGAUAAGUCUAUCAUGCAAUGGAAAGUCUCGCAUGAUAAGGAUGCUUAGAUUGAGUAAGAUCAGGCUUGUGAAUCAAUUUAAGAUGUUUAGAUACCCAAGGAUUAUUAUAGACUCAAUUUAAAUGAGGAGGAGAAUAAGUAGGAAGGGUAGAAGCAGUAUUAAGCCUUUGUUAAAGCCACUUAACCAACCAAUUUUAAAUUUGAUGAGAAGAAAUAUAAUGUGUUGCCUUAAGGUAACAUAACACUUGACUAUGUUUUGGGUAUGAAAACAGAUUAGUUGGGUUAGGAUUACUUCAAUGGAGUUAAAUUAUUGGAAAAUGGUUAAAAUUGCAUUCUCAUGUGGUUGCUGUUGGUAUUGUUAAUGGAUCCUAAUAUGCCCGUUGGAUAAUAAAUAUUAUAUCAUUAGGAUGAAAUCACUUGUAUUGCCAUUCAUCCCAGAGGAAGAAUAGUUGCAACAGGAACUAAAGCAUUUGCCUUGAAUGAGAAGCAAGUAACCGCUAUCUGCAUUUGGGAAGCUGAAUCAAAGAAGGUUUUGUCCAUGUUGAAUGAUUUUCAUACUAAAAUGAUUUAUUGCUUAGAGUUUUCAUAUGAUGGUGUCUUCUUAUUAUCAUUUUCUUCAGAAUAUUCAAUAGCAAUUCAUGAUUGGCAAAUUGGGCAAUUGAUCAUUACUGUGAAGACAAUGAGAUCUAAUAUAUAUGGGAUUUGCAGUAAGUCACCCACUGAAUUCAUGUCUUGCGGAUAGAGAAAUGUCACAUUCUAUAAAAUGAAUGGCAGAAAUGUCAAAUGCUAUCCAGGUAUCUUAAAUAGCAAUCAAUUCGAACCAAUGUUGUGCUGUUGUGUUGCAUUUAAAGAUUCUUAUGAAAUCACAGGAUCUGAUAAUGGAAACAUCUUUCUUUGGAAGGAAAACAAAAACAUCAAACACUAUUAGGCUCAUAGAUCCAAAGUAAGUUCAUUGGUUGCAGUUGGAAAGACUUAAUUAUAUAGUAGUGGUUUGGAUGGAUAAAUUAAGGUAUGGGAAAUGAAUGGAAAUAACUUAAACAAUGUUGCAACUGUUAUUGAUAUUACCGAAGCGCUUCAUUAACCUAAGUAAAUUGGUAUCAUAUCUAUGGAUAUUAAGAAUGAUAAUAUUAUUAUAGCCACAAAACAAGCUUAGAUGUAUCAAGCAUCACUCAAAAAUAUCUAGAAUAUCAAAUUGCUACUUGAUUGUCAUUAUGGUGGAGAAGUGUGGGGAGUUGCAGCCAGUCGCAAUUCAUAAACCAUUAUUACUUGCGGAGGAGACAGUGUACUACGUUAAUGGGAUAUCAAUCAAUAUACUUUGGUUAAAUGUUCUUCUCCAUUUGAAAAUGAUAUAAGGGCAGUGGAUUGGAGUUCCGAUGGCAAAUACUUAGCAGUAGGAGAUAUACGUGGAUGCAUUUACUUAAAGAAUUCUAAGGCAGGUUCUCUAAAGUAGAGUGCACAAGGAAAAACAUUUUGGAUUGAAGAUAUCAAGUUUUCACCUGACAGCACUAAAAUUGCAUUUGGUGCUCAUGGUACAUAAUCUCAAGUAGAGGUAUGGGAAAUUGAAGGAGGUAAAUUUUCUAAAUAAAGUUCAAUAAACAUCUCAUUGAAUAGCAGUUUGAUUAAAUUAGAUUGGGCUAUGGAUUCCAUUCAUAUAGUAGUUAAUUCAUCAACUUAUGAGUUGAAAUUUGCAAAUGUCUCAUCUUUGAAGGAUGUUCCAGGACCUUAAGUGAAAGAAUUGGAUUGGCACACUUGGACUUGUUUAUUUGGUUUCAAUGUUUAGGGAAUUUAUAAAAAGGAUGAAUAUUCAGUGACUGCAGUUUGUGUUGAUAACUAAAGAUAGAUAUUGGCAACAGGAGAAUAUAAUGGUAUAAUAAAUCUGUAUCAGUAUCCUGCUGUUUGUUAAUUCAACUAGAUUCAUAAAGAAUACCCUGGACAUGCAAAUGCUAUUACAAGAAUGAGAUUCUCAUUUGAUGAUAGUAAAUUGAUUUCAACAAGUGGUAUGGAUAGGGGAAUUUUCAUUUGGAAAACAGAUUGGUCUAAAUCGUAAUAGUAGUUAAUGUUGUAGGAUGAGAAUGCUUAUGGAAAAUUCGAUGAGGAUAUUGAUGAUUUGGCUGCUCUAUCAGUUCCAUAGGAAAAGAUUAGAAGGCUUGGAUCUGAUAAUUUCAUUUGGAAAACAGAUUGGUCUAAAUCAUAAUAGUAGUUAAUGUUGUAGGAUGAGAAUGCUUAUGGAAAAUUCGAUGAGGAUAUUGAUGAUUUGGCUGCUCUAUCAGUUCCAUAGGAAAAGAUUAGAAGGCUUGGAUCUGAUAAGUAUGGCAAAGUGAGAAGAAGAGAGAAUCAAUUCGAGAAGAAUGAAGAUCAAUAGAAUUAUAAUGAUCAGAAUGAGAAAGGAGAUGAAUUCACUAUCAUUCGACCAUGGAUGGGAGCCAUUAAAGAACCAUCCAAUUAUUAUAAGGAUCCAUUGAAUUAAAAUAAACAGCCUUUGGUGGAAGUGACCUUAGAAUACGUUCAUGGAUAUCGCAGCAAGGAUUGCAGAAACAAUAUUGUUUAUAACGUUGCUGCAUUAGCUGUUGUCUUAGAUCCCAAUCCUAACGCAAAUACCAAUUCAAAUGCAUAGAGAUUUUUCAAUCAACAUACUGAAGAUGUAGUUUGCUUGGAUGUUUCUAAUGAUCAAUCCAAGGUAGCUACUGGAUAAUUAGGAGCUAAUCCUCUUAUUUACAUAUGGGAAAGUAACACAUAAGCAAGCAUCUGUUUGUUAAAAGGCUACUUCACCAAAGGCAUUUUACAUUUGGCAUUUAACGAUUCAGGAGAUAAAUUGGCUGCUAUUGGAAUGGAUGAGUGCCAUCAAUUAUGCAUUUUUGAUAUCAUUUCUAAGACUUAAACAGGAGGAACUCUGUUGGUCAGAGAUCAAAUUGGGAAGGAUAUUGUCACAGACAUUAAAUGGAAAAAUGAUUCUGAAUUUGUUACAUGUGGAUUGAACCAUCUUAAAUUCUGGAAAUUAGGACAUGGAGGUUUGACUUACUCUAAGGCUUAUCCUUAAAAACCCCUCUCUUAUAAAUAUCUAUGUGCAACUGUCAAUAAUGAAGAUUACUUGUUGGGUGCUGUAGAUGGAUCCUUGUAAAUAUUCUCAGGUGGCAAAUUCACAGCCUAUUACUAAUACCUAGAGGCCAAUCGAUCAUUAGAAGCUAUCAGUGUUUCCAAAGAUUUCAUUCUUAUUGGAGGAGCUGAUUCGAAGAUUGUCAUUUUAGAUUCCAAGACUUACAAAUCCAUUUUAUCUUUUAAAUUAUCAGAAUGCAUGAGGAACUCUUUGGGACUAGAAGUCAAGUCCAUUUAGUUAGGUUAUGAUUAGAAGACUUUACUUGUAUCAACUAAUGCUGGAGAUAUUGUUGAGUUAGUUACUAAGGAUGCCAAAAUCAAUAUUAACUCCAAAUUUGCUGUUUCUAAAACCUUAAUGAAAUCUCAUUGUUCUCCAAAUAAGCGAUCUUUGAAUGAAAUUUGGGGUUUGGCUAUUAAUCCACAAGAUUCUGAUCAAUACUAUACUUGUGGAGAUGAUGGAACUCUAAGAUCUUGGUCUAUCAGUCAAAAGAAAAUGCUCAAUUGCAUCAAAACCAAUCUUGAUGUUAAUGGAGCAGAAAUCAAACAAGAUGAAGUUGGUGAAUUGCCUGAUAAUACAAAAGGUAGAUGUAUAGCUGUUUCUUUGGAUGGUAUUUCAAUAUGCGUAGGAUUUAAGGAUGGAACAUUUAGGAUUUAUGAUAAAGAAUUCAAAUAAAAAUAUGUUAAUAGAUUAGCCAAAGAGUGGAUUAGUGAUAUCAAAUUCAGUCAUGAUCAAUCUUGGAUUGCAAUUGGAUCUCAUGAUAAUUCCAUAUAUAUCUACAGUUUCCCAGAUAUGAAACAACCUACAUUACUCAUAUUGAUUUCUCCCAUAGAUGGAAAUCAUCUUCAUAGCAAUUGUGGAGGAUAUGAACUAUUGUUUUGGGAACUUCAAUCUGGUAAAUAAUUACCCAAUGGAGCAAAUUAAUUAAGAGAUGAGAAAUGGUUGACUUGGACUACACCAUAUGGAUGGCCAGUUUAAGGAAUAUGGCCAGAUAUCUAAGAUGGCAGUGAUAUCAAUGCUGCUGUCAGAUCAAAUAAAACUUACAAUGAAAAGGAUAAACCCCCUGAUAAUUAUCAUUUGAUUGCAACUGGUGAUGAUAACUCAUAAAUCAAAGUAUUCAGAUAUCCAUGUGUUAAGAAAGAGUCAGGCUAUAUCCUAGGAAGAGGCCAUUCAUCACAUAUUACCAACAUUGCUUGGUCAAUGGAAGAUCAUUACCUAUUUAGUAUUGGUGGAGAAGACAAUUCUAUAUUCUAAUGGAAAAUAAGUAAAUUGAGAUGAAAUAUUGUUAAAAAUUAACAAUAAUAAUUUUAUUUAAAAGAAUUAUAAUCAUAUUUCAUAUUAUAUUGAUAACAACCUACAAA